CGCCAGGCCGCGCCCGCCCCGGCGCAGCGCCCCGAGGGCGGCCCGCCGCGCCUGGAGAGAACCGCGGCGGUCCUGCUUCUGGGCCUCGUCUGCCUGCUCGCAGGCACUGCCCUGGUCUGCGGCCGCAGGGACGCCGACUGGCUAUCCGGGCCCGCGGCGCACCCGCCGAGGGCCAGCCUGGUCGAGGGCUCCGAGCGUCUGCUGCCCAUGCUGGCGGAGGGGCGCAAGCUGCCCCAGGAGCAGACGCUGGCCGUCGCCUCCCCCGAGCGGCAGCUGCCCGUGGUCGGCGUGGGCGCUGGCAGCGCGGAGGGCUUCGCGCGGGGGAGCUGCGCCGUCUUCGGGUGCGGCAUCGAAUUCCAGCCUGGUCGCGCCUGCCAGUGUGAUCCGGACUGCAUCGCCAACAAGAACUGCUGCGCCGACUACGUCGACUCCUGCUGCUUCGACUACGCCUGCCCGAAGCGAACGAAGAAGGAGGUGGCGGCGCUGAUGCAACACGCGUCCAGGAGGCCCGCGUCAGACGCGCCGAGGAAACCGAGCCUGAUCGCGUCGCUCGCCUUCCCGACGGCCACGUCAAUGAGGACGACGUCGACCAGCACCACCCGCACGGCGACGGCGACGUCGACGACGACGUCGGCGCAGCUCAGCACGACGUCCACGGCCAGCACCACCACGGCCACCGACGCGAGGACGGCCGGCGCGGCGCCGCGGGGCGCGGCCGCCGAGCCCGCGGGGCCCGCCGCGCCGGCCGCGCCGGCCGAGAAGAGCUCCUGGCCGCCCCCGGAGUUCGCGUGGAGCUGCGCGUCCUACGGCUGCGUCGGGUACAAUCCCCUGGCGGUGUGCCAGUGCAACCCGGGCUGCCGCGAGCAUGGCACCUGCUGCUACGACUUCGAGCGGAGCUGCGGGCUGCAGGAGCGGGUCCUGGCCCUCGCCGAGGGCCAGCCCGUGCAGACCACGCGGCUGCCGCCCGAGCUGGACGACUCCCUCUGCGGCGACUGCAUCGGCGACACCGCCCCGACCAACGAGGACGCGGUCACCGUCUAUGCGGCCUCCUGCGGCUCGCCGAGGAACAGGUGCUGCGGGGCCUGCGGGAUGUGGAACAACAUGGACCACAGGAUUCCCGGGUGCCAGGUCGUGCACGGCUACCUGGUGGUCCCGAGCGACCCGCUUGUGGGCAUGGAGGCGAUCACUGGGGGCACCGCCCCCCACUACGACUUCCUGUGGAGAGAGGCGGCCGACCGCGCGGGCAGGGCGGAGGGCUACGUGCUGCUGGUGAACCCUUUUUCCUUCUUCAAUCCAUGUCGCGGACCCAGCACCAGAUGCACGUCUUCUUCAAGUGGCUGA